AUGGCUUCAGGUGCCUUUUGUUCUUCUUCAAAGGUCAUCAUUAUCGGGGCUGGGUUUUCUGGUCUGGCUAUGGCAUACCAACUUAAACGAGAGUUAAAGUGCGAUGACUUUGUUAUAUAUGAACGAGAGGCUGGAUUUGGUGGGACUUGGCUAGCAAACAAAUACCCAGGGUGUGGAGUUGAUAUCCCUGCUGCGUUCUACAGCGUCUCCUUUGCGCCCAACCCAGAUUUCUCGACUUUUUUCCCGAAGCGUGAUGAGGUUCUACAAUAUAUCAACAAUGUAGUCUCAAAGUACGACCUGUCUCGUCACAUGGUGGGAAACACAGAAUGGAUAGGAGCAUCCUGGCAGGACGUCGAUAAGACCUGGUUGGUUAAGCUGAGGAGUACUACUUCUGGCCAGGAGUAUACACAACGCUGCAACAUAUUAGUGUCAGCGGUUGGAGCUCUGACGAACCCUAAUUCGCUGAACCUUCCCGGCGUUGACCGCUUCCAGGGAGACAUUAUUCACACUGCCAGGUGGGAUCAAAGCGUGUCGCUGCGGGACAAGAAUAUAAUCGUGCUUGGAAAUGGAGCCUCAGCAACCCAGCUAGUACCAGCUGUGGCAAAAGAUGCUCGGUCGAUCACUCAAUUUAUGAGGUCAAAACAAUACUUUCUCCCAGGAGGAAGUAACGCCGCCAUAAGCCCUUUUUGGCAAUUUAUCUUCCGCUACGUACCCGGCGUACUUCUUGCUGUCAGAUUCCUUAUCUUUCUAUACCUCGAAACGUCAACACCCCAGUUCAACCUGACCAAGACCGGGGCGAAGAUGCGAAGGGAAACAGCUGAAAUAAGCGAGCGUUACGUGAAAGAAAAUGCGCCAGAGAAGUACUGGCCACUCCUACUGGCUGACUACCAAGUCGGAUGCAAGCGAAGGGUAUUCGACCAUGAUGGUUACGUCUCAACAUUAAACCGGGAUAAUGUUCGCCUUACCGACGACGAGGUUGUCGCUCUUAGCGAACGAUCCGUAUCCACCAAAUCAGGAGCAAAAUACCCAGCAGAUGUAAUUGUUUUAGCCAACGGAUUCUCCCUGACCCAAUAUGAUACUGAGCUGUGCGGUCGUGGUGGACGCAGUCGACAAGAAUACUGGAAAGAAGCCGGUCAUAUGACGGCUUACGACAGUAUCGGCAUGUCUGAGUUUCCUAACUUCUUCUAUAUCCUGGGGCCCAAUUCCGGUCGCGGGCAUACAUCUGCGGUAUUCUCUAUCGAGAACUACACCGACCUAAUAAUAAGGAUCAUCAGACCGAUAAUAGCCGGAUCAGCUGUCUCCGUGGAACCCGAUAUGUCAAGCGAAAAUGCAUACAACGAGCGGUUGCAGGCCGCGCUGAAAAAGACAGUGUUUAACAACACAUGCCGCAGUUGGUUCAUCGACCCAAAAACCGGAUACAACUGGUCGAUAUACCCCUGGAGCUCCUUCUACAUGUGGUGGACUACGCAUAUUGCAGGCCUAGACGGGUGGGUCUACGAGUAUGCCCAGACGAGAAAGACGUCCCAGAGCUCGGGCUUUGGUCUGUAUCUGCACACUGUACUACCCACUUUUGCUGUUUGCCUGUUUUUGGGAGGAUAUGCCUAUCUUAGAGAUUCAUGUGGUUUGUUCGUGAGAUGA